UAUUUUGAACACUUUGCAUUCAACCGCGAAACUGUGCGCGCGCGCCGUCAUACCGUUAUCAUUAGUGAUAAGAUCGUUACAUCAUUGUGAUAAGGACCUGUUAAGUUUAAUAUGUGACUGUGGAUUAUGGGAAUGGCAAGGAGAUUGAAAAUUACUGUGGUCGGUGAUGGUAUGGUGGGCAAAACAUGCCUACUAUAUGUGUAUACAAGGAAUGAGUUCCCGACGGAGUAUGUACCUACAGUAUUUGACAAUUACGUGGGUCACAUAAUAGUUGACGGCGAAGAAGUGGAGAUGGCUCUAUGGGACACAGCUGGACAAGAGGAUUACGAACGACUCAGGCCUUUAUCCUAUAAUAGCACGAAUUGUUUUUUGGUGUGCUACUCUGUGGGCAGUCGAUCAUCAUAUGAAAAUGUUAUUCACAAAUGGUAUCCCGAAUUGAAGCAUUUUAGUUCAUCAGUACCUAUUGUACUAGUUGCGACAAAAACGGAUUUGCGUAAUACAGGAAAAGCUGUGAUAACGACACAAGAGGGAAAACAGUUGAAAAGAAAAAUACGAGCUGCCCAGCUGGUGGAGUGUUCGGCUUUAGAAAGAGUCAAUAUGCACGAAGUAUUCGAAGAGGCGGUGAGAGCAGCGAUCAAGAAGAAGCCAGUAACUAAAAGAACUUGUCAAUUUCUCUAAGAAAACGACGAUUCUGAUGUACAUAGUUAUCCGAUAUGACUACUUAUACUAACUGCGCCGAUACUCUGUAACCUUCCAUGACGAUAGCGACACCCACCCCGACUUUUUUAGUGUUCUGUGAAAAUUCGUCUGCUCAAUAUCGCAACUUUGGAAUCACGCGGUACAAUAACUCAACAUAGGGGUCGUAAUCGCUAUUGAGAGUAACAGAGUACCGGCGCUGUUUCAUGAUAACAUUGAAUUAUUGUAAAUUUUAUAAUGCAAAAAGAUUUAAUUUUGUAUCAGUCAUGCUUUGAUUGUCAUAGUAUAUAGCUCUAACAUUCCGUUUUAGAUUCGUAAUACUUCCCCAAAGAUUCGCCAAAAAGAGUCUUGUAAAUAUACUAUGAAGAUAAAUUUUCACACGCUGUUUAGCUUUUUUUUUUAAAUCAAAAAAGGCACAGUACCCUUACCACGAAUAAUAUAUAAAAGUUAACCGCGGCGUCGUCAAUAGGUUAAGAAAAACUUAAUAGACGGACGAACGUAUAUAUUUUUGUAAUAAACAAUAAAAUUUAUUAUUUACUUUGUGUACAGGAUAGUAAAACAUGUCGUUUUGUAAUGACACUUUAUUAAUUAAACCAUUAUAUAUAGUUAUUUUCUCUAAUAUGGUCCACAAUCCCGUGG